AUGCUUCCACAGGGAGGUGAUGUUAGACUGGUCAAUGGUUAUAAUCCUUGCUCUGGUAGAGUUGAGGUCUUUCAUGAUGGCCACUGGGGAACUGUGUGUGAUGACUCUUGGGACAUUAAUGAUGCUGCUGUGGUGUGCAGACAGGUGGGAUGUGGAAAAGCUCUUAGUGCCAACAGUGGGGCUUUAUUUGGCCAGGGGAGUGCAAAGAUCUGGCUGGAUGAUGUUGCAUGUUCUGGAAGUGAGAGGAGCCUAAAACAGUGCAAUCACAGGGGACUAGGUACCCAUAACUGUGGCCACAGUGAAGAUGCUGGUGUUAUAUGUUCAGGAGGUGAUGUUAGACUGGUCAAUGGUAGUAAUCCCUGCUCUGGUAGAGUUGAGAUCUUUCAUGAUGGGCGUUGGGGAACUGUGUGUGAUGACUCUUGGGACAUUAAUGAUGCUGCUGUGGUGUGCAGACAGGUGGGAUGUGGAAAAGCUCUGAGUGCCAACGGUGGGGCUUCUUUUGGUCAGGGGAGUGACCCAAUCUGGCUGGAUGAUGUUGCAUGUUCUGGAAGUGAGAGCAGCAUUAAACAGUGCAAUCACAAUGCAUUAGGAUCACAUAACUGUGGCCACAGUGAAGAUGCUGGUGUUAUGUGUUCAGGUGAUGUUAGACUGGUCAAUGGUGGUAAUCGCUGCUCUGGUAGAGUUGAGGUCUUUCAUGAUGGUCGUUGGGGAACUGUGUGUGAUGACUCUUGGGACAUUAAUGAUGCUGCUGUCGUGUGCAGACAGGUGGGGUGUGGAAAAGCUGUUACGGCAGACAGUGGGGCUCAUUUUGGCCAGGGGAUUGACCCAAUCUUUCUGGAUAAUGUUGCAUGUUCUGGAAAUGAAAGCAGACUAACACAGUGCAAACACAAUGGACUAGGAUCUCAUAACUGUAAACACAGUCAUGAUGCUGGUGUUAUAUGUUCAGGUAUGAGAAUAUUCAUCAAUUUAAUCUCAUUUUUUUAG